GCGGGCAAGAUUGUCUCGGGCGUCCAAUGGCGGCGGAUGACAGAGAAGGGGGCGUGGCCGGCUGUGUAGGGGGUUUGGUGAACGCCGCCUGGUAAACAGUGAGGACCUCGUGUGAGAGAGGAAGAGGAGCUGGGGCCUGCUGCUGCUGCUGCUGCGUGUGUGCACGGCGCUCAGGUGUAGGACGCUGUGAACAGGCAUCAUGGCGGCGGACGCUAUCAUGCUGAUGAGAGGCCUGGCCAAGCUCAGUAAGGCGGUGCUGGAGGCGCAGGCGGGUCAGCUGAAGCAGGCGACGCUGGGCAAGAACGCCGUCGACUUGGCUAGAAGUUUGCAAGUAGCAGCUGAAGAACGUUUCAGCACCACCAUGGGGAAAGUCCAGGAAUUUGGAAAGCAGCAAGAGAAUCUCUCUGGGGAGGGGAUGGACAGUUUUGAGGGUCCGGCCUCGGAGAUUGCAGGCAUGGAGUACUCGCCCUCCUCCGGCCGCACCGCUGACGACACCUACAACCUGGACUCCACUAUUCCCGGUGCAGACAACAGUUUUACCAGCCAUGGUCAAGAAACCCUUUCCUUCCGUCCGGACCCUGCUAGAGACAAUGGGGCAUUAUUUGGGAACUUUAGAGACACUGCGGGACCUUUUGCAGCUGCUGGUCAGAAAAGGACAUUUCACCAGGAUCAUUCUUCUGUCGGUGGGCUUACAGCAGAGGACAUAGAUAAAGCCAGGGAGGCCAAAAACACCCCGGAGCACAAACCUCAUAAACAAAUGCUCAGUGAGCGAGCGCGUGAGAGGAAAGUGCCAGUGACACGGAUCGGGAGAUUGGCAAACUUCGGAGGACUGGCAGUGGGUCUGGGCAUUGGAGCGCUGGCAGAAGUGGCAAAGAAAAGCUGGGGUUCGAAAACGGAAAACGAUGGUAAAAAAUCUGUCAUGGACUCCAGCCCCUUCCUAUCAGAAGCCAACGCAGAGCGGAUCGUGAGGACCUUGUGUAAGGUCCGCGGCGCUGCGCUGAAGCUCGGACAGAUGUUGAGCAUUCAAGAUGACGCCUUUAUUAAUCCGCAGCUGCAGAAAAUCUUUGAGCGGGUGCGUCAGAGCGCGGAUUUCAUGCCUAUCAAGCAAAUGAUGAAAACAUUGAACGCAGACCUGGGGCCCAACUGGCGGGACAAGCUGGAGUUCUUUGAAGAACGGCCAUUUGCUGCGGCCUCCAUCGGACAGGUUCACCUGGCUCGUCUUAAGGACGGGAGGGAAGUUGCCAUGAAAAUCCAGUAUCCCGGAGUGGCUCAGAGUAUUAACAGCGAUGUGACUAAUCUCAUGACCGUCCUCAACAUGAGCAACGCUCUACCCGAAGGUUUGUUCCCUGAGCAUCUCAUCGAAGUCUUGAGUCGAGAACUGGCCCUGGAAUGCGACUACAAGAGAGAGGCCGCGUGCGCAAAGAAAUUUAAGGAGCUGCUGAAGGAUCACCCCUUUUUCUAUGUGCCCAGAGUGGUGGACGAGCUGUGUAGCGAUCACGUCCUGACCACAGAGCUGGUAUCCGGUUUCCCACUCGACCAGGCCGAGCAUCUCAGCCAGGAGAUCCGCAAUGAGAUCUGUGAGAACAUCUUGAACCUGUGCCUGAGGGAGCUGUUCGAGUUCCGCUUCAUGCAGACCGACCCCAACUGGUCCAACUUCUUCUACGACCCCGAACUGAAAAAGGUCGCCCUGCUGGACUUCGGAGCAACCCGUGGCUUUGACGAGGAGUUUACUGACCAGUAUAUAGAGAUUAUUCGAGCAGCGGCCGACAAGGAUCGAGAGAAGCUCAUGAAGAAGUCCAUAGAGAUGAAAUUCCUCUCUGGCUACGAGACAAAGGCCAUGGAGGAGGCUCACCUUGAGGCCGUCCUAAUCCUCGGUGAGGCCUUUGAAUCGGACACGCCGUUCGACUUCGGCUCCCAGAGCACCACGGAGAGGAUCCAUCGCUUGAUCCCCAUCAUGUUGAAGCAUCGGCUCAUUCCCCCUCCGGAGGAGACCUACUCCCUACACCGCAAGAUGGGGGGAUCCUUCCUCAUAUGCUCCAAGCUGAAGGCCGCCAUCCCCUGCAAGAAUAUGUUUGAGGAGGCCUAUAACAAUUACUGGAAGGGGAAGGAGCAUAAGAAGCCUUAAAGGGCCCAGACACUGUUUUUAUCAUAUUUCCUCACGGUCGUGCUCUAAUCACCGCACAGCUUCGUCUCGAUUCCUAUAAGAGCGCGACAGGUGAGGGGGGCGGAGUCACAGCCGCCAUGAUCCACCCAAAGAUUGUCUUUGAUCACCGGCUCCUUAUGGGCCUUGAAUAGGAAAUAGACUGGAUAUCCGGGAGCUGAGGAAGUUCUUGGAGAUUUGUAUCUCAUGAGGAUCUGCGGUUUAGAAUGACUGAAAAGCGGCCGCGGUCUCCCCCUCUCUGACCACGACGAAAAAGGGGGCGGGGCCUCGGGAUUUUUUGUAUCUCGGCUUUUUAUGUAAGCUAGAAGGAUCUGUUAUCUCGCUUUAUCGUUAUUUCUUUUUGUUGGUUUCUGAUUUUUGAUGUUUCUCUUGCAAUUAAGUGGAAUUAAACGCUUUUUGUACUGUAAGGAACGAAUGAGGAGUCCGAUGGGGGAGGGGGGGGGAUUCGGAGUGGUGACGGGAUUUAACCCUUAAUUUACUUGUAUUUUGUGUAAAGUGUCUGGAUACAAGACACCUUUCAUGUGUGACUUGGGGUACGUUCCCACACGGCGUAUUUUGCUGCGUAUUUGGUGCUGCGUAUUUUCCUACCCAUUGACUUCAACAGAGAAAAUAAAAUACGCAGCAACAAAUACGCCGUGUGGGAAUGUACCCUAAAGGAGUAAGUGUUUUUUUACUGCCCACACGUCAUACCAGCAGACGCCAUUUAUACGCAUUUAUAUAUCUAUGGGGCUCAAUAAGGGGUGUGUUUCGUGACCCCUCUACUCCCUCCACGAUCUGUAAUAGGGGCUCGGGAACCUCCAUUUAAAGAGAAAUCUGUUGUUCCAAAAAUUUCCAAAUAGGUGGCGUGUGGUGAUGCAGAAUUUACAUUAAGGCCGCAUUCACACACAAUAAAAACUGAUGAUUUUUACUGUGUGCAGGGUGUAAACAAAAACAACCAAUUUUGGCCUCCAAAGAGGAUGCGGGCCGAGCCUUCAUCAUUGGUCUAGCUUGGUGGUCUCCAA